UUCGAAUUGGGCAAAGAUUCAAACCAUACGAAUACUCGGGUAGUAUCGUUCAGGUUCUUCUUUCUGCAAGCUCAUAAAGCCCGCACACUGACGCAGAUUGGUACAGACUAAUUAUCGCGCAAUUUCAAUCUAAAACGGAAACAACACAAUCUAUUAUGGCGAAAAAUUGUGGAAGAAGGUAACGGAUUAAAUCAAUGACGGAAGACAGUUGCCCUAGGGUUUCAUCAUCAGCGGAAUCUGAUUCAUCAGUGACCAAACAAAGUCGGUUGUUUUGUAGAAAAAAGAGAAAGUGGGAUCAGCCUGACGAAUCAUUGCUUUCUGGUGGUGUAGCAGUUCCAGGGAUAUUUCCACUGGCAAACAUGGGAUAUUUGCCCAUGCCUGCUGUCUCCAUAGUGGCUGGUGCUCCUAUUGCAAUCCCUUUUUCCACUUCUAACGCCAACCCACUACAAGUUAUUCAGGUGCCUUUACAGCAACAUGCUGCUGCCAUCGUCCAAAAGCUAGUCCAACCGAAGAUCCAAGAUGAACUAAUAGCAAGAGAAAUUGUCAUAAAUGAUGCUGACUCGGCUGUUCGGUACAAGCUUACAAAGCGCCAAACUCAGGAAGAGAUUCAGAAGAGCACGGGGGCUGUCGUAAUCACUCGGGGGAAAUAUCAUCCUCCAAAUGCACCACCUGAUGGUGAGAGACCUUUAUAUCUCCACAUUUCUGCAGCCUCACAUUUAGAAACAACAGCAGAACGAAUUAAAGCAGUUGAUUAUGCCGCUGCCAUGGUGGAAGAAAUGCUUAAACAGCCAACAUUAAACAGUGGAGUUAAGGUUGAUCAUUUAUUAAGUACCUGUAUCUUUUUGGGAUUUGAGGUAGACCCAUCAGUGGACAUUGCUUCUCGUAUCCGUGGCCCAAAUGACCAGUAUGUAAACCACAUUACGAAUGAAACAGGAGCAACUGUCUCACUAAGAGGACAGCGUUCUGGGUUUGCUGAAAAUGGGCAGACUGAAGAAAUGCAACAACCAUUACAUUUGUUCUUGUCAAGCAGUGAUGCAAAAAGUUUUGAACGUGCUAAGCUCUUGGCAGAAAAUCUUUUGGAUACAAUUUGUGCCGAGUUUGGUUCGUCUAGGAUAUCUUCAUGUAAGGUGUAUGGUGCUGUUCCACCUCCACCUCAAUUGCAAGCUGGGAUCAACAGUCCUGGAAAUGCAUUAAAAGUCAAUGAUAUACCUGCUUUCAUGUCAACUACUCCUGGUUUGAGCAUUGUUGCCUCUCAGGGUCCAGUAUCUCAAUCUGGACUGCCAAAUUCUGCACUACCUCAAGCAAACACUUGUUAUCCUCACGGGUUGGCAACUGGAACAAGCUAUAUCGGUUAUGGUGGAAUAUAUCCCCAGGUGACGCCUUUGCAACAAGUUGCUUUUGCCCUUAGGCAGUCGACUUCUCCAGUUACAGCUACAAUUUCUCCUGCUAUCACAACAGCAAGCACAGACACACACCCACAGAGUGAGGUGCCCUCCCUUGCAAAUGAUAAGCGUUCCCAAAGACGAAAGUUUCAGGAGUUGCCUGCUGCAAAUCUAAACCAGGUAUUUUCACUGAUCUUCUAUGAAGCUAACAAGCUGAUACUGGACCUCUAUACUGGACAUUUGUAUAUGUUUCACAGGGUGCUAUAUUCACAUGGCAUGAGAUAGUUUCUUGCUGUUCCAUUGCGUCUUUCUGGUGCUGGUCAAAAUUCUGCUUUAUUGCUUCAUUUAUCUAUUUAUGGUAUAUAUGAGCAAAAUGCUCAGCUUCACAGCUUCCAGCAACAGUUUACGAAAAUCAUAUUGGAAGUUAAGUUCUAUAUCAUUUUCUGUAGUUGCUUGGAAAUAAAACUAUCCAUAAAUAACAUAUCUUGAAGCGGGGUUCUCUGGCUUUACUUCAUGUUGGAAAACCAAGCUUGGAGUAUCCAGGGUAGAAAAACUUCCUCAAGGAACCAGACCCUUGGAACAUCCUUGAAUUCCAGGAUGUUAUCCUUGUGUUUCAUUGCUGAGAGCCAGACCAAUCAAAGCCCUGUACAUACCAUAUCCAUCUAGCUUGAAGAGGUUAUGAAAUAAAUGAUACAGAAACACAGUUAAGAUUGAGGUUACAGAGAGAAGAGCAAGGGGAUGAGGAUGAUGCUCGGAAGAGCGGAUACUGUGGAAGGCUUUCGGGGUGGCCUAGAUCUCGAUGCUGCGUACUUAUUUUUUAUUUUUUAUUUAAGUAGAAGCUGCAGAAAUUGAACCAUAAGUAAAUAGUAAGCCAGGAUGGUGCUGGUCUUUCUUCUAGGCCUUUCGUCACCAAGUUAGGUCCUUAGCAGAAAGCCAUCUUACUUGUCUCAAACCCGCACCUCUCCAACUGGGCAUUGGCAUGAUUUCCAUUACAUGUCCUCAUUUAUAUCUUUUUAUUGUGUGCAUAUAGUGAGUUCCUUCCUUCGUUAGUUUAGAAGUGAUUUUUCCUGUUCCCUAUAUUCAUAUUCAUAUUCAUAUUCAUAUUUUAGAGGCAGAAAUUCUGAGCACUACUUGCAUUGUUUUGUGCUAAUUACAUAUGCAAUUUAUGGCGCCAUAUAUUUGCUAACUUGAGGGAUUUGUUAUAUGCUUUCCCAGAAGAAUAUGCAGGGAUCCGAAUUUCCCAUGCCACGUGAACUAACUUCACAUGUAGGUGUAAGAGAUAUUUCAGUUGUUCAAGAUGCUAAGAAGUUUGUCAAGCCUUCAUCUUCUCAAAUGCCUCCUCCUCCUCCUAAGCGUUCACUGCCUCCUCCUCCCCCACCAAAGUUCGACUCAACACCAAAA